UUGAUGUGAGGGAUAUACAUUUAUUUUUGUUUAAAUCAAUCCGCAAGAAAACGGACUUCAGUUGAAAGGAUGUAUGCAGUGUGGAUAUUUUUCCUGCUCAUUGAUGAAGGAUUUGCUCUGGCACAACAGAAUAAAGAUGCAGGAUCAAAAGGGGUUAGACCGUCUCAAAGGCCGCUGCGUUCUCAUCACUGUGGAAACUGGCUACGAACCACAGAAGGUGGUACCUUCAACUCCCCAAACUACCCCAAAACAUACCCAGCCAAUAAGGAGUGUCUGUACGUGCUUGAAGCCCUGCCCCGCCAGAGGAUAGAGCUACUGUUUGAUCCGACCUUCUACAUCGAAGGGUCAUUUGAGUGUCGUUUCGACCACAUCGAGGUGAGGGACGGUCCCUUCAGCUUCUCGCCGAUCAUCAACCGCUUCUGUGGCUCAGCCAGUCCCGGGCGUGUGCUUUCGAGCGGACGCUUUAUGUGGAUCCGUUUCUUCAGUGAUGAAGAGCUGGAGGGGUCUGGCUUCCGGGUCGAGUACACCUUCACAGCAGAUCCUGAAUUUCAUCUGCAUGUGGGAGGACUCUUAAACCCAAUCCCAGACUGUCAGUUUGAGCUGUCUGGGGCUGACGGCCUGAUUCGAUCCAGUCAGGUGGAUGAGGAAUAUAAAGUGAAGGCCGACCAGGCAGUGGACUGCAUCUGGACUAUACGAGCCCCGACAAACAACAGGAUUUACCUGCGAUUCUUGGAAUACCAGAUGGAAAACUCAAAUGAAUGUAAGAAGAACUUUGUGGCUGUUUAUGAUGGCAGUAAUGCAAUUGAGGACCUAAAGGCAAAGUUUUGUAGUACAGUAGCUAAUGACAUCAUGCUGGACACCGGUAUUGGAGUAGUGAGGAUGUGGGCCGACGAGACGAGCCGUCUCAGCCGCUUUAGGAUGCUCUUCACUUCGUUUGCAGACCCGCCCUGUUUAGGCAGUGCAUUCUUCUGCCACAGUAACAUGUGCAUCAACACUUCUCUGGUGUGCAACGGCAUACAAAACUGUGUCUUUCCCUGGGAUGAAGGCAACUGCAAAGAGAAAAAGAGCAAGGGUGUUUUUCACGCGAUCACAAAGACUCAUGGGACAGUGAUCUGCGUGUCUACGGGAGUGGUGCUCCUGCUCCUCAUCAUCUCAAUUCUGGUGCAAGUCAAACAGCCACGUAAGAAGGUCUUGAUACGUAAAAAUAACCUUUUCCAACGGGGCGACGUCCAGGAGGUGUUUGACCCUCCACAUUACGAACUCUUUACUCUCAGAGACAAGGAGAUGUCUGGGGACCUUGGAGAGCUGUCAGAGGAGCUUCAGUCCUUGCAGGCGCUCAGGAGAUCCUCAUCCGGCUCACGAUGCAUUCACGAACAUCACUGUGGCUCUCAGGUGUCUGUCAACUCCAUCAAAGGCAGCCAAGGUGCACAUGGCCUUCGAAGGGGAUCCAUGGAUCUUCCUGCUUUAAGAGAGGACUUCCAAAACGCCUUACCUCCCUUUAGGGACUUGAACAGCAGUAUGCGGAAGAAGAGCUGGCCUAGUAUGAAACCAGCCCGUAUGCAGGGCCAUCAAGGAAUAGGGGAAAGAGUGCUGGGGCAGCAGGAUAGAGUGAUGGAAGAGGAGGAAGAGGAGGAAGAAGAUGGAAGGUAUGAUGUGUAUGUACGCAGAGCAGGAAACCGAAGGGGAAACUAUGAAAUGGCCCAGCAAAGAUCCUUGUCCAUGGACUUCUGAAAAGAAAAAACAUAAGUUUUGCACAGUAAAUACUGCAGCGCAACUUCAGCCAGUGCCGCAUUUUGGGAACAGUUCUUCAUAUUUACAGAAAAUAGGAGACAAUGCGUGGACACUGAAACAGCUGACAUGAGACAUUAUUGUGCUAUUUUUCAUCGGUGUAAAAGUGAAGAAAGAUGUUAAUGCUGUUUAGUGUUCUUGUUGUAGUUAAAAUAUGUUUUCAUUCAGUGUUAAGGUUAUAAAUAAUGUAUACAGAGUUUGAUUACAAUUUGAACACAGGAUACUA